AUGCGCCUGUUUGAUCGUGAUACAUGGAAUGUAACUGCAUGUAAACGAAUUCGUCUGAGUAGCAUAAAGGACCAGGAGCAGACAUCAGCCCAUCGAGACGCCGUGAAACGUGAGAUGACUUCCGCUACCAGCCAAAACAUCGGCGAAGUUAUUCAACCCGAAGUGAAAAAAGAUGCCAUCACCUCUGCGUUUAAAGUUAUGUAUUUCCUCGCCAAGCGUCGUAUACCGCAUACAACAAACUUUGAACCAGUGUUGAAUUUAUUAUCUCAACUUGGAAUGUCAGUGAAAGCAGAUUUACACGUCAGUAAGAGUGUCACAUAUUGCAGCGAGAGAUCCAUGCACGAAAUGAUAAUUAUUUUAUCAUCAGUGCUAGAAGACAAAACAAUCAACGAGUUGAAGCAGUCAGAGUUUUAUUCAAUUAUGCUGGACGAGACCACCGAUGUGAGUGUCGGCGAACAAUUAACAUUAAACUGUAGGUACUUGGACUCAACUGGACAUUUACGUGUAAAAUUUUUGAAGAUGGUCGAGCCACUGAAACCAGACGCUGACAACAUUCAUACUGUAACACUAAAUGCAGAAAACAUCACCAGGCAUGUGACAACGUAUUUCCGGGAAAAUGAACUCGAUUACGAAAAAUUGGUUGGCGUGGGAACAGACGGCGCCGCUGUUAUGACGGCAAUUUUUUUCAAGAACAGCGUCCGCGGGAAGUACAUUGAUACAUUGAUUACAAACAUCGAACAACGAUUCCCAGACAAAGAUAGCGGUAUCCUCGGACAUUUUAGUAUAUUCAACCCCGAUAGUUUACGCCGAGAUAGCUCUACUACGUAUGGCAACGCCGAUGUGAGAGAACUGUCCCGUCAUUUUCUCCAACGCGAGGAGCAGCCUGACAUUACAGCAGACGCCAUAUUUGAGAUCCCAGUGACAAUGGGACAGGAAUUCAUAGUGGUAAAAUGUUUUAGUUGCACGGUAUUCCAAGUACAACAAGUUAAAAAGGCGAAAAAAUGGAACUGUAAAAUGUGUGGAAGUAAACAAUCCUUAAAAAAGAUUUAUGGACAAGGAUCUGGAGCAGAUUGUAGAAAACAUGUACAAAAACUGAACAUGAUGAGAGGAGAGAUGGAAAACGAAGAAGAUAGAGAGGAAUUUGUUGAUGGUAACACUUUAAAUGCUGAUGUUCAAAUACAGAAUAAUAAAGAUGAAGACGAGUUGUCUUAUGACGAUUCCAAAUGGUCUCAAUUUGUAGAUGAUGAUGAAGAUAAAAAUGGUCAGAAAAAUGGAAACCAUGGCGAUGAUGAUGAUGAAGCGACAUGUACAAUGGAUAGGAAACAUUUCAAUACUGUUAGACGCGAGAAUCAUAAAAAAUGGAAGAAAAGGCGAUUACAAUCCAAUAGUGGAAAUGAUAGCUGUAAUAAUAUUGGAUACAAAAAACAAAAGUUUGAAAAUUGUGAAAGAUCUUCAGUUUCCAGGAAACAACAGGGUGCAGCACUGCAAGGACAGACUGGACAUUCAUUUCUAGAAAAUUCUGCACCUGGUUCAACUUAUCAUAGAAAAAGCAGCCCAAAAGCCACACGCCAUGAUACAGGAAGCACAGUCAACUCCACGUCAAAAUGGGACACUUUUCUUUCACCAGAUGAUCAAGAAAGUGAUGCAGAUCCCCAUGAUGAUAAUGCCUGUCAAAAUGAAUCAUCAAAUAUUGCUACAACAUAUAGGAAUGAUUUUACAAGUCAUACUCAAAACAAUCCUUCACCUGAAUCUCACAGUAUUGAAAAUAAAAUGGAUCAAGUUGUGACAGUAGAAAAUGUUUCUAAUGAUAUAAAACAACAUGAUAGACAGACUGAUAACACACAGACUGCUUCAAAGUGGGGUAUUUUUAUAAGUCCCAGUAGUCAUGGUGACACAUCAGAAUUGGAUGCUGGAAAAGAUCAGACAGCUACUCUUGAUAGAAAUAAAAAAACAAAUUUUGUGCAGAUUGCUUUGACAAGAACUAGGAUCAGUGAAAAACCCACCCAAAUAUCUACUAAUUUCCGUUUCAAUAAAAACAAUAACCGUUUCACAGUGGAGGAUGAUAUUGAUGAUAUUCUAGAUGGUAUUUAG